ACUACCUACUGUCACAGGCCCGAUCAACUACGUUGUUGUCGCCUGUGUAGGGAGGUAAUGCUAUGCUAUGCUAUGCUGCAUGCCUAUGUGGCAUUAUUGUGGCUUAGUUGCGGCGUUGCACAGAUACCUAGAUAUUGCUUGUCUCUCUCUCCCUGAAAUAAACACGGCGUUGUUCAAGGACACCAAUGGAAGAAGAUGCCAAGGCGGAAUGCGUUUGCAAGACCUUGACGAUCCGAGGCGAUCUCCUUGCGAAUGCGUCGCAGCGCAGUUAAUAUUUGCUUUCGUUUUGGUUGAUAGGUUGUUGAUCAGGAACGUGAUCGAGAAAUCUGUGUAGAGAGAGUCCUGGCGAUUGGUUGGCGGAUCAACAGGGAGGAUUCCGA